AUGCGUUUCGACAACAACAAACUCUUUUUAGAAUUGAUAAAAGAAAAGGAAAGUGGAAAACAAAUAGAUUUUCAAAAGAUUUUAUGUGGAAAAUAUCUCGACUUUGGAUCACUUUCCUUGCUUAGAAGUUGUCGUAUGAAGUCUUUAAGUAAUACAAAUAUAGAAAAAAUUAAUGAAGACAAUGGUCAUCAACAGGAUCCAACUUUUUUUUGUCCCCCUCCGUUCUCGACAAAUAACAAAUCAAUGAAAAAUUCAUCAAGCGAAAGAGAAGCUAAUACAUCAUAUCGUCAUGGGGCAAAAGAAGGCUCUUGUCGCUCUUGUGUACAUAGAAUAGCAUAUAAACACAUUUUAACCCCCAUAGCUUCGAAUGCCAAUCGAGCAAAUAUUGCUAUGAUACAUUUUGAGAUUUUACUUGUUUUGUGA